UUGACGGAUAAAAAAAGGGGGCUUUGCUUGCUUCUUCUCAUUCUCUCUCCUCUACCUCUACCUCAUUUUCUCUCUCUCUAUAUCUCUCUCUGUAUCUUCUUCGUUGCAAUCCCUAAAUUGUGUUCUUACCUUCAAUCAAUCACCUUUACGAGGACAAUGGGAACCGUCGAGAAUUGAGACUCCAGUGUGAAGUCUGACUGCCACACAAACUGAAGCGUUUCGAGCUGUCUCUCGCAAUCUCCGUCGGAUAAAGAGAGGGUUUUGGUGCUUUCGCUUUGACUGCUUCGAUGGACAUGGAGAGUGCAGAUACUGAGCCUACCAGCUUGAAUCGUGGGAACAACAUGGUUGUGAAAGCUUACCCAUUAGGAAUGGUACGGGUUAUGAACAACAACGGCAUUAGCGAAGACGAAGGAGACUCUGGAGUUGAACCAUACGUUGGACUAGAGUUCGAUACCGCAGAGGAGGCGCGUGAGUUCUACAACUCUUUUGCUACGCGGACUGGUUUUAAGGUUAGGACGGGUCAGUUGUAUAGAUCAAGGACCGAUGGUACUGUUUCAUCGAGGAGAUUCGUCUGCUCAAAGGAAGGCUUUCAGCUUAAUUCGAGAACGGGGUGUCCUGCUUUUAUCCGAGUGCAGCGACGAGACACCGGGAAGUGGGUUCUUGACCAGAUUCAGAAGGAGCACAACCACGAGCUUGGAGGUAAUAUGGAGGAGACUACUCCACGCCCCUCUGUGCAACAGAGAGCACCGGCUCCUACGAAGCUAGCCAUCUCGGUUCCACAUAGACCCAAGAUGAAAGUGGUCGACGAGGCUGAUAAAGGACGGUCAUGCCCUUCUGGUGUGAUCUCUUUCAAGCGUUUCAAAGGAGCUGAGGAGAGUGAGGAGCAGACGCAGCCCAAGGCUACUGAACCUUAUGCAGGGUUGGAGUUCGGGUCAGCUAAUGAAGCGUGCCAGUUUUAUCAAGCGUAUGCGGAAGUUGUAGGGUUUAGAGUCCGCAUCGGUCAGUUGUUCCGGUCGAAAGUCGAUGGUUCCAUCACAUCAAGAAGAUUCGUUUGCUCGAAAGAAGGGUUUCAGCAUCCUUCGAGGAUGGGAUGUGGGGCUUACAUGAGGAUCAAAAGACAAGACUCUGGAGGCUGGAUUGUCGAUCGUCUCAACAAAGAUCAUAACCACGAUCUUGAACCAGGAAAGAAGAACGCCGGUAUGAAGAAGAUAACAGAGGAUGUGACAGGAGGGUUGGAUUCAGUGGAUCUUAUCGAGCUAAACGACUUCAGCAAUCACGUCAACAAAACCCGAGAGAACACCAUAGGCAAGGAAUGGUAUCCUGUGCUUCUCGACUAUUUUCAGUCGAAACAGGCGGAAGACAUGGGGUUCUUCUACGCCGUCGAGCUUGACACAAACGGAAGCUGCAUGAGCAUUUUCUGGGCGGAUAGUCGAUCAAGAUUCGCCUGCAGUCAGGCCAAGGAGCGUGAGAACCUCAGGUCGUUUCCUAACGAAUUCAAGUACGAGUACGAGAAGUGUUUAUACCAGACGCAGACGACAGUCGAGUUUGACACCAUGUGGAGUGCUCUUGUCAACAAAUACGGCCUCAGGGAUAACAUGUGGCUCAGAGAUAUAUACGAAAAGCGAGAGAAUUGGGUACCUGCGUAUCUAAGAGCCAGUUUCUUUGGCGGCAUCCCUGUAAACGGCACAUUCGAACCGUUCUACGGCACUUCCCUGGAUUCUCUAACGUCUCUCAGGGAGUUCGUCUCGCGGUAUGAGCAAGGACUCGAGCAGCGCCGUGAAGAGGAAAGAAAAGAGGAUUUCAAUUCUUAUAACCUGCAGCCGUUUCUGCAGACGAAAGAACCAGUCGAAGAGCAGUGCAGGAGGCUGUACACGCUCACCAUCUUCAGGGUUUUCCAGAGCGAGCUCGCGCAGUCUUAUAAUUACCUCGGUUUAAAGACCUACGAGGAAGGAGCCAUCAGCAGAUUUCUGGACCUCAAGGCCUUGAUGAUCUGGAGCUUGAGGGAAGCAGCUUCGAAGUAUAUAGAGUUUGGGACAUCGUCUCUGGAGAAGUAUAAGCUUGCAUAUGAGAUCAUGCGUGAGGCUAUUGGAUCAGUUUGUGCCAUUAGACUCAGUUUAUAUAACACAGCAGCUAACGAGCCUCGUCCUUCCGCUCCUGUUUGGGUAUUUUUGUCCUCUCCGUUUGAGGAAGAUGAAGCCUUGUUCAUGGCAGCCGCCGAUUCAACGCAAAAGGUGGUGGUGGAGGUGGCAGAGUCGUAUCCGAGUUUUCGGAAAGAUUCGGACAUUUUGGCGGAUCUAUGCCUCUAUGGAACAGAAUGUUUUCAGCAGCUUGGGAAGCUUUAUAGUAGAAACAAAGAAUAUAAACAAAAGAAGACAACUUCUACUUGUAAACUCUCUAUACCAAAUGUGUUUGGUGAUAUGAGGCUCUCUACGUACGUAUUGGCCUCGAACCCGUCACUGAGCUUAACCCCGCGAAUUCCCAGAUUCCUCGAUGCAUCUGUCUCGAAAUUGUACAGCACCAUGUCUCCAUCAAGCUCAAGAAGCACCUCCUCACCGUUCUUAGUCGAACACAGCGGUUUCAUCGACCUGUACAACAAGCUGAUCCGGAUUCUUCUCCAUGAACCUGCUUCGCCGUACACAUUCAUCACCCAGAUAUCAUCGUGCACCUCGUAG